CCCAGUCGGAGCAGAGCAGCGCCGCCAGUCCGCCUCACUUGCUGAGCCGAGCGGUACCGGCUGGGCGCUGUGGAGACAACAUGAACGAGGGCGCCAGGUUCGGGCUCUGUGGACCGCAGCGCGCCGUGGACCGGACCGGGGGGACCUGUUAGUGCUAGUAGUGGACAAGUGGACGCUGUUGGAGUGGAGGGAAAGGAUUGGUGACUUUUCUUUUGCUUCUUAUUUUUUCUCCUCAUUGACGCCAAAGUGGUGCACAGGAGAGAGGAGGCGUGUGGAUGAUUUCCAAAGUACUUUUGGGGAGUUUUUUUUUAAAAUCUGGAAUUCCAAGCGGGGACACCUGAAGACAUCAAGCCUGAACAGUGAAGGACGUACAUUGGGUCGGAAGAGAGAUUCUCUCGGCGUCCCCGGGCCGCCGUUCCGCCAGACGUCAUGCGAAUGGAGGAUGUCGCCUGAGUCGGGCCUCGCCACUCUGCGCCUUGCCUCGCCGCCCGGAGGGAUGGCGGCCGCGUUGCGCUCGCUCUGGCUUUGUGUCCUGCUGCCCGUCUGCGUGGUGGCGGCCAGGCUUCCCAUCGCCGAGCCCACAGAUGCUGUGUCCAGCGAGGCGGCUUUCCUGGAGGACUUUGUUCUUGGCGUGGGGGACACCCUGGAAAUGUCAUGUGACCCGGAGGGCUCCUCUUCCUCGCCCUCCCGGCCGGUGGUCUGGUAUAAAGAUGGCGGCGGGAUGGUGUCUAGCAACCGCACACGAGUGGGCCAUAGGAUGCUGCGCAUCAUCAACGUGUCGUACGAGGACUCGGGUGUGUACGCCUGUCGACUCGCCCUCAGCAACAAGCUGCUCAGCAACUACACCAUCAGAGUGACAGAUUCUCUGUCGUCCGGCGAUGACGAAGAUUACGAUGAGGAUCCAGAAGAUGCAGGUAAUGACAAUGAAGCGCCGUACUGGAUCAGGCCGGACCGGAUGGACAAGAAGCUUCUAGCAGUGCCGGCUGCCAACACCGUCAAGUUCCGGUGCGCCGCGUCCGGCAACCCGACGCCGAGCAUCCACUGGCUGAAGAACGGCAAAGAGUUCAAGGGGGAGCAGCGCAUGGGCGGCAUCAAGCUGCGGCACCAGCAGUGGAGUCUGGUGAUGGAGAGUGCCGUGCCAUCGGACCGUGGGAACUACACGUGCGUGGUGCACAACAAGUACGGCACCAUCACGCACACCUACCAGCUGGAUGUGCUCGAGCGCUCGCCUCACAGGCCCAUUCUGCAGGCCGGCCUCCCCGCCAAUCAGACGGUGGUGGUGGGCAACGACGUGGAGUUCCACUGUAAAGUCUACAGUGAUGCUCAGCCGCACAUCCAGUGGCUCAAACACAUCGAGGUCAACGGCAGCCGCUACGGCCCCGACGGCGUCCCUUACGUCAGCAUUCUGAAGAGUGUUGUCAGCCAGAGCACCGAGGCCCGGCUCGCUCUCAAACUGUCCAAUGUGACAGACAAAGACGCCGGCAAGUACUGGUGCCGUGCUACUAACUUUGUAGGCAAGUCGGAAAACGCAUUCUGGCUGAAAAUACGCCAAGAAGUGAGUCCGGAGAAAGAGGACUAUUACGCCGACAUCCUCAUCUACGUGACGGGAUGCGUGCUCUUCAUCCUGGCUGUGGUCAUCGUGGUUCUCUGUCGCAUGAGGAUGACCACGCAGAAGACGCUGCCCACGCCGCCCGUGCAAAAGCUGUCCAAGUUCCCCCUCAAGAGACAGCAGGUGUCCUUGGAUUCCAACUCCUCCAUGAACUCCAACACGCCGCUGGUCAGGAUCGCCCGCCUGUCGUCCAGCGACGGACCCAUGUUGGCCAACGUCUCUGAGCUGGAGCUGCCCUCUGACCCCAAGUGGGAGUUUCCUCGAGCCCGGCUGACUUUGGGCAAACCGCUGGGCGAGGGCUGUUUCGGUCAGGUGGUGAUGGCCGAGGCUAUUGGCAUCGACAAGGAGAAGCCCAACAAACCGUUAACUGUUGCUGUGAAAAUGCUGAAGGAUGAUGCCACGGAUAAAGAUCUGUCAGAUCUAGUGUCAGAGAUGGAGAUGAUGAAGAUGAUCGGAAAGCACAAAAACAUCAUCAACCUGCUGGGAGCCUGCACACAGGACGGUCCGCUCUACGUUCUGGUGGAGUACGCCUCCAAAGGCAACCUUAGGGAGUACCUGCGGGCACGUCGGCCACCGGGCAUGGACUAUUCCUUUGAUACGUGUAAAAUUCCCGAAGAGCAGCUGACCUUCAAAGACCUCGUGUCCUGCGCCUACCAGGUGGCCCGAGGCAUGGAGUACCUUGCCUCGCAGAAGUGCAUCCACAGAGACCUGGCAGCCAGGAACGUCCUUGUGACCGAGGACAACGUGAUGAAGAUUGCUGACUUUGGUCUGGCCAGAGAUGUGCACAAUAUAGACUACUACAAAAAGACCACAAAUGGCCGUCUGCCCGUGAAAUGGAUGGCUCCAGAGGCUCUCUUUGACCGCGUCUACACGCACCAGAGCGACGUGUGGUCCUACGGCGUCUUACUGUGGGAGAUCUUCACCCUGGGGGGCUCGCCCUACCCGGGCAUCCCCGUGGAGGAACUCUUUAAGCUGCUGAAGGAGGGACACCGCAUGGACAAGCCUGCUAACUGCACACACGAGCUGUACAUGAUCAUGAGGGAGUGCUGGCACGCGGUGCCAUCUCAGAGGCCAACCUUCAGGCAACUGGUAGAAGACCACGACCGGGUUUUAUCCAUGACCUCAACUGAUGAGUACCUGGACCUGUCGGUGCCAUUCGAGCAGUACUCGCCCACCUGCCAGGAUUCCAGCAGCACCUGCUCCUCGGGGGACGACUCCGUCUUCGCCCAUGACCCGCUUCCGGACGAGCCCUGUCUUCCCAAGCAGCUUCCCAGCAACGGCGUCAUUCGGACAUAAAGCCACAGCUGGAGGGAAGGCGGAACCCGAAUCGUCACCUUCAGUGAGUCCAGCAGGAAGGAAUCGAAUCUACAACUGGACGAAAUUUGAAGGAUUUUCACAAAGUCUAUUUUUGUAUUCAGGCCAGUCUUUUCUUAUGGACAAUCUGAGGGAGGGGAGGGGGAGGGGGGGGGACCAUUCUGUGCCUACUGGGAAAGAAGCUUCCGGAUGCUGGAGCAGGAAGCACAAAAUCUUUUGGUCUUGAGACUGUGCCAAAGGUUUAGGACGCUCUCCUGCCCGGAUAAAGUCACACCCGUCAUGGCAACGGUCUUCCAAAGUCCCUCAGCUGCCACUCGCGAGCGUCGUCGUCGCACGUGUGAGGUGACGAGCACACUUUAGAAAAGAAUCUAUUGUAAAUACAUACAGUACAUGCAAAUAUUAGUGUUUUAUUGUCAUUUACCUUCAUUUUUGUUUUUGGACGGAAGCAAUCUAGACGGCACUGUCAUGGAAAAUCACGAAAGGCCACGCUGAUAAAAGUUUAUAGAGUCGUUAAGGUGUAUAUUUGUAAAGAUAUUUAUAGAUGAACACGGCCGGGUCUGCUUAAUUAAGAAAAAAAGUGAUUGAAUUUCCAGUGUUGUAACUUAUUUUGCUGCAGACCUGCGCUGGCGCUGCUUCACGAUGACGUCCUGUAUGAGAGGGACACACUGAAAAGACGACAAAGGACACGGAUUAGGAAAAAGUCUGUGAGGAAAAAAAUUAAAAGUAAUUUUCUGAAAAGAAGAACAGAGAAAAAAAAAGUUAUAAAAGUCAUUUUUUACCAAAGAAGCAAUCAAAAAAUGCUUAUGGUGAGAAAGCAUUACAGUUUAGCAUAAAAAAGGCAGUUUUUUAAAAAUGGUUACUCAAAAAAGUGUUUUUUGUAUUAUUUAUAUUUUUAUGAGGAAAAAAAGUUAUUAAAAAAAGCCCUGAAAUUUGUAAAAUUACCAUAAAAAUUGCAAAAAUUUUAAAGUCGCAAGGAAAAAAGUAGGUAAAUUACAACAAGGAUAAAAAAGAAAAACGUUGUUGAAUUUCAAGAAAAAGUGUAAAAGAUAAAAUAUCUCAUAAUUAAAGGUGAAAAGUACAUAAACUACAAAAUAAAUCGGAAAAAGCUGUAAAGAAAAUCAAAAAAAUAGUGGUACUGAAAUUUACCAAAGUUACAGAAAGAAAAAUCUCACAAUGCUGGCUCUUUCUUCUGGUCGUCUUAUGUUAUCUUUUCAGUAUCUCCCUCGUCGUCGUGGUGGUGGUUAGCUUCUGUCUGGUGUGCUGACGGUUUGAAAUAACGAGCAGAAGUCAGAGCGUUCCACAAGACGAGAAGGCGGCCAUCUUACUUUUGCUGACGUGAAAGCUCAUGCUGGCCGAGCUGGCCGAGCUGGCCGAGCUGGCCGAGCUGGCCGAGCUGGCCGAGCUGGCCGAGCUGGCGUUGUGCUUUGCAAUAUGGAAGCGAUGUUCAUCAAGUCUUUGCUGGCCAAGAGACUUUUAUUAACCUGAGAGGCCUUUAAGUGGAGAACCCUCACGCAACACGAAAGUCCCAUCAUGCUUUGCACUCGAACAAAGCAAUAGCCAGCAGGUGGACCCUUGUUUGUUUAUUUGUGUGUGACGAAGCGUAACUGCGUAACUUCACACGUUGCUCUUCAGUAUUAAAAAGGACAUGAAGUUACUAUUAUUCAUAUUUCGUCAAAGUGCCAACUGAGUCUUAAAAGCCUGCUUUGCCUCUAAAAGUGCAGCAAAGCAUCAUGGGAUGACAAAAAGUGAAAAAACAAGAACAAAAAAAGAGAAAAGAAGUGGUGUUCACGCGCUGCGAAAAUUCCCAACAAGACUGUCUGAGUACUUAAUGAAUCGUACCCCCUUUUUUCGCAGAGUACUUUUAUUUAAUUCAUGCUGGGAGACUUAUGAAUCGCCAAAUAAUUCAAAUAAUAGUAUUAAAUCAACACGUUUUCCUGCAAAAAGCUGGCAAAUAAUUGGUUUUGAAUGUAGAAGAAGAAACGGAAUGAAAGGCACUUAAAGACGUGAAGAAGAAAGAUGUCAGGUUGCUUAUUUUUAUUUAUUCUUCCAUGCUGUGUCAAAGCUUUCCCUAUGGUGAGAGCAUUUUUAUUCAAGCUAACUGCUUUUGGGGGAUUUUUUUUUCUUUCUUUCAUUGUUUCUUAUUCAUCGACAGAAGAGCCAGAAGAUCACCUCACUCAUUGCUGCCCCCUAUCUGUCGUCACCUCACUCAAUGCUGCCCCCUAUCUGUCGUCACCUCACUCAUUGCUGCCCCCUAUCUGUCGUCACCUCACUCGAUGCUGCCCCCUAUCUGUCGUCCACUGCUGCAACAUCUUCCAGGCUGGCUCAAACUCAUUUGUUGUCUGGCGCUUUCGAACUGGAUGUGUUGUUUUCCGCGUGUGCGUGACGUUGUUAGUGCAUGUUCCGGAAUGCUUGUGAACGAUUUCAAAAAAAAACAACAACUGUGAGUGAAUUUGUACGAAUUGUCGUUAUUGUCACGUUUUUCAUCCUAAAUACGCAAUUUGACUACAGAGCAGGCGUACCAUAGCAUUGCAGUAUAAAAUAUUUACUAUUUUUUGUGAAAAAAUUGAGCGCAACGUUUGGGUGAUGAACACUUUUCAAAAACGACUCCGAACAUUUACGACAUACGUAGUUUAUUGUUGCUUUUGACUUUUUAUUUGUCUUCUUCAUGCAUUGAAUUGUCUUCUCUUCAUCAGAUUAAUUUAUAGUUUGAAACGUGCUUGCUGAUGUACAUAAGAGACAUAGACUUUGUUUUUUGUUUUUUUUUAGAGUUUUAUGCUAUUUCUUCUUUUUAUUUUGCAUUCCACUUCAGGUGUUUUACAAUAGUCACAUAAUUUAUUUGAUUUCCCUCAUCUGUCUAACAUAGAAAAGCGGAACUAAUCGUUUGUUUCAUAACAUGUCGCUUGUGAUGAUGAUGAUGAUGAUGAUGAUGAUGAUGAUGGAGGCUCCGGAACAUUCCACCACGUUCACGUUCCCACUCCGAAAACAAUGUCACGCAUCUUCUUCUCUCGCCGUGCCUGACGAACUAUGCUGUUUUCAAUAAACAUCUUAUAUGUUGUAA